CUUGCCUUGCUGCUGCGUGUGUCCACCAGGCGCCAUAAGCUGCCGGCGUUUCUUCUGCCAGCAUCUGUUUCAUAUUUAGGAAAAGGAGACAGACGGUUGUAAACGCUGGGUUAUCUGCUGGCCAAGUUCGCUGACUGCGGAUUCUGAUACCGUGCCAAAGGUUUUUUAAGCUUUUGCUGCGAUGUCAUCGGAGGACGAGAUCAAGGUUGACAAGUGGGAUGGAUCUGCUGUCAAGAACUCGUUGGAUGAUGCAGUUAAGGAGGUGCUGCUCAGCAAGUACAAGUACGGCGAGAGCCACUGGCUGAUGGACUGCCGGCUCUUCAUCUGCACGGUGGCCGUGGGCCUGGCGGGCCUGGCCAUCGUCUGGGACUACCUGCACCCGUUCCCGCUGUCUAGGCCGAUCCUGAUCUUCUGCGUGGUCUCGUACUUCGUGCUGAUGGGCAUUCUGACGCUGUACACCACGUACGUGGAGAAGAACGUGUUCCUGGUGGCCGUACAGAAGGACCCGUCGGGCAUGGACCCCGAUUCCAAGUGGGAAGUUAGCUCCACCAUGAAACGACGGCUGGGCGGACCGGGCGGACCGACGACCGCCGUGGUGCGCCGCUCGGAGCGUUCGAAGCGCGCCACAAGUGUCGCUGUGGUGAUGCUGCUUUGUGCGGCAGCGGCGGGUGUGAGAACGUCGUUUGGUUGCUUCGUGCGGAGGUGCGGGUGUGAGAAUCUAGUUGUGUUGCUUUCUGUCGGUUUUGGGUUUUGUUACGCACCAAUACAACUUUACACGUGGGUGAGUGAGAUCGGUUUAGCGGUUGGUCGCCUGGCGACGUUGUGUCGGUUUGGGUUUCGCUACGUCAUCAAUAUAGCAUUACACGCUGG